AUGAAAGACUCGCAGUUAACUGCUGAUGGUCGAAACUAUGAUAACACUCAUUUUUUUAUUGGAUUAGGCCUUGCUAUAUCGUCUAGUAUUUUUAUUGGCUCUAGUUUCAUAAUUAAAAAAGUUGCCUUGAAAAGAUUACAUUCUUCUGGAAAUCUACGAGCUUCCGCAGGUGGAUUUGCUUAUCUUAAACAAUGGAUGUGGUGGUUAGGCCUUCUGACUAUGGGCAUUGGUGAAGCUGCUAAUUUACUGGCAUAUGCAUUUGCACCUGCUGCUUUAGUAACUCCAUUAGGUGCUCUUAGUGUAUUAGUUGCAGCAGUAUUAUCUUCAAAGUUUCUUAAUGAGAAACUUAAUUUAAUUGGAAAGAUUGGGUGUUUCCUUUGUAUUGUUGGAUCAGUAAUAUUUGUAAUACACUCACCAAAGGCUGAAGAGAUCAAAACAUUUAAUGAAAUUAUCUCCGGUACAGUUGUUUCAAUCAACUGUCAAAAAGCAAAUCAACCAAACCAAGGGACAGAUUAUAAACGUCUAGGCAUUAUCAGUCAAUAUGGAUUACAGUGUCAGAGGUGCGGCAGAAAUUUGCGUAAAUUAUUAAUGAGACUUAAUCAUUCCUUUAUAAAGCUUACUUUGAAUGGAGAUUGUUUACGAAGUCGUGAGCUGUUAGAGAUUACAGAAAAUGAUUUAAUACUGUACCGUGAAGGCAGAGAUUCAACUAUAUGGCCAUUACAUUCAUUAAGACGUUAUGGAUUCGAAGAAGGCAUGUUCAGCUUUGAAUCAGGCAGAAGAUGUGAAACUGGAGAAGGGAUAUAUGCAUUUAAAUGUAGAAGAGCGUCACUCUUAUUCCGUACAUUACAACAGCAAAUUCUAUUACGAAACGCAAUGGUUUUAAAUCCCGUAUCAAGACUAACUCCAACACCACAAGGCAGGCAAACGUUACAAGCCAGCGUAGUCCAUCGUUCUUCAAUAGAUAAUGGCCAACCGAACAAUAUGAGGCCAGUAAAUAAUAGCAAUCUGCCGAAUAUAACGUCUGAUGCAGUGGUGCCAAGGAAUGCAACUCAAUCACCAAGAUCACCAUCUAGUGCAGAUAUAUUGGAAGUAAUGCCGUUAUACCCAAGAUCUCAAAAUGCCACCAAUCAAGUCACCAAUGUUUAUCAACUGCGACAUAUUAAAAGAGAACAUAACAAUAAUCACAAUGAAUUGCAUGUAGACACCCGUCAUGUCUACUCCAAUGAUUUGAUCAGGGAUUUAGCUAUACUGCGGAAUACAUUGCGUCAAGAAACUGCCUUGAAUACUAUGAGAGAUAUAGAAGAUGAAACACGAUUCCUUGAAAGUAGGUAUAUAAAUGAGAAUAUUUCAAAUAAGCAAAUUAAUACCAACCCUCUUUCACCUACUCUGAGUACAGCCAGUGAACAUUAUGCACAACUGAGUUUGGAGCAACAGCAGCUACAACAGCAGCUACAACAACAACAGCUACAACAACAACAGCUACAACAACAACAGCUACAACAACAACAACUACAACAGCAGCAACAAGUGCAGCAUCAACAAGAAAAUCAGCCUCAAGAACAACAACAAAUUCAGCAAGAUCAACAGAAGCAACAACAAUUGUUAGAAAACCAAUCUCAGCAACCACCAUCCCAACAGGAACCACAGCUACACCAACAACUACCACAGCUUCAAAAGGAAUGUGCUAGAUUGUACAUGAAUAUCGCAGCGAGUGACACCAAUGUACCAGAAGUUACUACCAUAGACACUGUACCAACUACUCCUUUAAGUUCGAAACCAAUAGAAUACUGCAAUUUAACUGUAGGCAAUAAGGCAGAAGUAAAUACCUAUGCUAAUUUAUCACUGGGUGAACUAGGAGACAGUGUCAAGCAAGGAAAACACGUAUUAGGUUUCUCUUCAUCCGAGCACAAGCAGCCUUUUUCUGAAUUCGACACUAUUGCUCCUAUGUCGCCAGUAGAGGAAAUUGAAGUUAAUUAUGCUGUGUUAGAUAUUGAUUCUAAUAAAGAAACCAUGAAGACAACAAGAGAUUUUAAAGGUUCUGAAAAUACUAUUACUAAAACAGGGGGUGCCCUUCACUCUCGCGGGCGACUUGUAUCACAAGUCAGCAAGGACAAACCGAGUGCUGCGAAUGCACCGGCUUUAGCGCCCGCUGCCGCUAUUGGUUACACAACUAUAGAUUUUGAUAAAACAGUUGCUUUAACGUCCGUAGCUGCUGGAGAAGAAGUGGGUAUAGGUAUAGAAGGGUGCCGCAAAACGCGACACAAUUCAGGUAUCAUCGUAUGUGGUACCGGGAGCCUUAGUAGUAAUGACAAAAAAUAA